CACGCAGGACGUGGGAGGUGCCCGGGGCCGCCUCUCUGCUGUAGCUUAAAUCCCGUCUGGGCGCCGUGCGGGCAGGGUGCUGGCACCAUGCGGGGGGGUGCUUGGCUCCUGCUGGGGCUGCUGGCCCUCGGUGUCCCGCUGCACGCCGCGCCCGCUGCAGGAAGGUACAGCCCAGGGCUGCACGGAGCAGCAGCCAUCCUCCCUGUGACCAAGCCACAGGCGGCAGUGCCAGCAGAUGCCUGUUGCCGGCAGCGGGAUGGCACCCAGAGCCCAUCUGUGCAGCAGCAGCCGGGGGCAGAGCGGGGCAGUGCAGAGCAGCACCUGCAUGGAGAGCGGCCGGCGGUGAGACCUGUGGCUGAGAAUGGAGCUGGGAGCAGGGAGAAGCCUCCAGCAGGCAGCACAAUGAGGGAAAAGCAAGAGAUCCCAAAGAAACCCAGCGUGGGGAAGAAGCCAGAGUGUGAGGGGAAGGGGGGGGCUGGGGAAAAGCCAAAGAUAACAACAGGAGCAAUGGUAAAACCAGGGAGUGGGGAGAAACCGGGGGGUGGGGGGAAAUUGGAGAGUGGAGGGAAAACUGAGAGUGGGAAAAAGCCGGGGACUGGGGGAAAGCCAGAGGGUGGAGUGAAACCUGUGAUGGGGGAGAAACCAGAGGGGGGGGCAAAACCAGAGGCUGGGGGGAAAAAGGAGAGUGGGGAGAAGCCUGAGUCAGGAGAGAAACCAAAGUCUGAACAUGGAGGCGGUGAGGAGGGUGAUGACAGCGAUGAUGACGAUGAUGAUGAUGACAGCGAUGAUGAUGUUGAUGAGAAAAAAGUGCAUGAAGAUAAUGUGGAAGAUGACCAUGAUUAUUACUAUGGCUAUAGUGAUGAUGAGGGCUAUGAUGACAAUGAUAAUGAUGGUGGUAACAAUGUCAGUAAUGACUAUGGUGGAAAUGAUGAGAAUGACUAUGGAGGUGAUGGUGGAUUCGGUGACAGCGAUGACUGAAGAUGACAGUGGUGGAGAUGGCAGCGAUGCUGGCAGCAGCUCAGUGACCAGCACUGUGAGGUGUGUGCAGAGCACAGGGUGCGAGGACAGCUCAUUGCAGGUGGGCACACGGAGCUGCCUCCAGCCUCUCCUCACCUCACUCUGCCAGGGCCAGUCCUGGACACCAGCGCUGUUUUGGGCAGAACCUUCUGUUUCCUAAUAAAUCCCACAAUGGGCCACUUGCUCAACA